GAUUACUCUACAAAGUGACUUUUUGAUACUUUACUAACCCCCCAAAUUUAUACGCGAUAACAAGGUACUGGUACUUUGCAGCCCCCCCAGUUUCGCCUGUCAGUGUACGAAGAAGUAGGAACGCGUAGACUGCCAAGCCUUUCUUCGCUCCAGAUCCCUCAACGUCGGCGAUAUCGAACCUCGACCUGCCUGUUGUACUGCACAACCACUCCCCGCAGCCAUCACCAUUCAAUCGCUGCUUCACUCUGGACCUCCUAUCGCUGCCAGAGGCAUCCGAUCAUUGCGAUAAUACCUCCAACAUCGACUCGAUCCGACUCACGCGAUCCGUUGGGCACCACACCAUCGCCUCCCUCGAAGACUCAACCGCAAAAGAUCCAUUCAUCCCACCCCUAUUGAACUCAGCAUCUGCGAUAAAGAUGUCCGGGCGAUAGGUUGCGAUUCAAUUUCAAUACUCUUCAUUGAUCAGCACCCGCGAAAGACGACCGUCGGGCUGGGGGUUGUUACGAGGCGUCAAUCCUAUCUCCCGCACCCAGGACACGCCGGUGAAUAGACCGAGCCCGAUAAACGAAGGCGAUGCCGGGCACUGAGCCGUAUUCGUCUCCCUUCAUUCUUGAUUUGGAUGUGUCGGAGGAUCCAGACGACCAGGAUUUCGAGUUCUUCAACCCAGGCACGCCAUACAUAGCUUCGGGAAGCCCUGGUGCUUUCCUGGACCAAAACCUUCCUCCCGGAGAGAGGAGAGCGAAUUUUGGCUCACCUGCGAUAGCCCAGAAAGGCAGCACUCAAAACAGGAGUUCCGCCGUUGCGACAGGCCCACGGACGCCCUCGAUACCUUCCUCAGAUUCUCCAGGCGGCUCUUUUCAUGACUCGUCCUCAGACUCCUCAACAUACAAUAAACGAAAGCCAUCAUCAGAAUCAUCAGAACCUACCUUCGAAGCUAAAGACGCCUCAAUGAAUGAUGCUGAGAUGGGCGAUUGGAAAGUGGAGGGGGGACAUGGACCGGACGAUUCAGAGGCCUACGGGCCAUACAGCGCCACAACGGCCUCGUCCUCGACCGCUACAGCGUUCGAUUUUAACGAUAAGAUAAUGGAAAACGAUUUCGACUUUGAUAGUGCUGCAAGCAGCCCAAGCCAUUUCGCCUCCGCCAUGAAGUCGCCGGAAAUGCCAACUAUCAAGCAUGACACUUCAAGUCGAAAUACCCCAGUUAUGAAGCAUAGAGCCGCAGGUCACCGUUCGAAGUCCUCGCAAAAUUCUAUCACAAACAAUAUGCACGGUCUGACGACCAACGCAUCCCGCGAAGCCUCUCCUUUGUCCACAAUGAUCACGAGCCAGGAAUCUUCACCAUCAGUAUUCUUCAACAAUUCUCCGUCCCCUUCCGGCGGAGUAGAAUUUAUCAAUGGAACGAUGCUUGGUAAUGGGGCACAGAACAACCCCUGGCAAACAAGCUACGACUUCAGCAUACCAAACUCGAUGGUGAAUGGCGGAAGUUUUAUGCCUAUGCGCAUGAACAACAGCAUUCCCCAACAGAUGCCUUUCUCGGCUGGCAUGUCUCUUAUGGAUAACAUGUAUAAGCCAGUUUUGGCCAUUCACCCGACUCCAUUGAAGUCGAGAGUAGAGACUCAAAUCCCUAUCAAGAUGACGCUAUUCCCGUUUCCUCCGGGUAUUACAAAGCUCCAUCUACCUACUCACACUAUUUCGAAGCCCAAACUGCUGGCGAAACAGCCCCUCACCAAAUCACCUGAUACCUUAGAACUCACAACAACCCUGGUUUGCACCAGUGCGAUGCAAAAUCCAGAAUUUCGCCGACGAGCCUUUGAGCGUGCUGCGGGAGCUCCCAAAACUUCAGAGUCGCGUUCAGAGGACGAAGCUGAUACGGUAACCGACGAUGAUGAUGAGAACAAGCCCCUGAACGGAGGGGAGGUGAAGAUAUGCUCUGGAUGCAUUACCCGUGAGCGUAAGCGUGCUGCGAGGAAGAAGGUCAAAAAGGUUGAAGAAGAAGAAUCCUGGCACAAGGACGAAGACAAACGCGUGAUCGUCUUCAACACCCAUGAAAUCAAAGACUGGCAACAGCCAUCAAGCCAAGUGUUGUCCGAUACGGUAGGAGACCGACGGGAACCAGUCGUUCACGAGGGCGCUUUACAAGUUGAUGCUCCUAUGCGCAUUGCUUGUUAUUGCAGGCAUCAAAAUGAGAAACUGGGGUUCCAGGUUAUCUUCACAAUCAAAGACUGGACGGGGCGACUGGUAGCUCAAGAGAUUACAUCUUCGAUCAUGAUCACAGAUGACCAUAAGACACACAACAUGCCUCCUCAUUUAAUGGGGCCAGGCGGCGCUGGUGUCAACGAACAUGGGUACAUGAAUAACCCUGGCGUCGAUAUGAAUUUCGAUAUGCCCAUGGCAUCGUUUCGUGCAUCGCAGUCAAACACAGAUGUGCAAAACCUCCAAAGGAACUACCCCUUAUCAUAUGCUUCUUCUUCGGUACUUGGUACUCCUCAGGCAUCUCAAAAUGCCCCGAGCACGACGACUCCACGCAGUUUGUCGAGGCAGGCAUCGCCUUCUGGAUCAAUUGGUCCGAGUAACAAAAAGCGAAAGGCUAGCGGGUCUAGCAAAGUCCCAAGCGGUCUCGCCAUGACAAGACUCGAGACUAUGCCGCAGCACCCUGGAGGCCUGAACCCUGCAGCCAAUGGCUCGGGCGCUGCCUCAUCUCAACCUCCAUAUGGAACUUCACCUAACAUGUUCGCUUCCCCUCAAGACACAACGUUCAACCACAUGCCCCAAUCAGUACAACCGGGCCAUACUCAAUUUAACGCUGGGUCACCAACUCAAAACGGCAACGAGCAAGGAUUUAUCACCAAUAAUAAUAGAUCCCAAAGUAUGGAUAACCUUGCUCUGAACCAGCUAUACUCGGCGCCAACCUCCACGCAUCCAAGCCGCGCACCAAGUCCGAAUAGUAUGAGGAAUAGCAUACAGGCGUAUCAACAGCAGCAAGCUCAGAUUGCACAAGCAGUUGCUAAUGGCCUAUAUGGGAUGCCACUGCCGCUCAACCCCCAAAGGCCACCCACCAUCCACAAGAUGAUUCCAAAUGAAGGGCCAAAGGCUGGAGGGAUUGAAGUAACGUGUCUUGGUAGCGGAUUCUGUCAAGGCUUGGAAGUUAUGUUUGGGGAUGUGAAAGCCACUACCACGACAUACUGGGGCGAAACGUCGCUUGUCUGCUUGCUUCCUCCUGCGACUACUGGCGGAACUGUUGCAGUCACAUUCAAGCAUCAGCACCAGCAGCAACUCCAGCCCUACCCGUCACCGCCGAUCCUUAAGCAACAGGCAUUCUUUAAGUAUGUUGACGACGAUGAACAACAGAUUAUAAGAACGGCUCUGUCUGUAUUGGGGCACAAGAUGACUGGGAGGAUGGAAGAUGUCCGUGACUUGGCACGAAGAAUCGUGGGUGAUGGACCAUCAUCUUGGGGUGCCGCUGGGGGUGCUUCACCGACAGGUGGAACGCAGCAACCACCUGUCUCUCGUUUCAACGCCGCCAUAUUCGGUGUUGACGUCGAAGCAACAUUACUAAGAAUACUGGACCUCAUUGACUUAGAUGAUAGCUCGCAUCUACCUCGCCUGAACAUGCGACGAGCAUCUGGUCAGACGAUGCUUCACUUAGCGUGCUCAUUGGGCCUUCAUCGCUUUGUCGCGGCUUUAUUGGCAAGAGGUGCUAACCCGGAGCCCCGUGAUAAAGGAGGUUUCACACCGAUGCACUUUGCAGCGAUGCAUAAUCACCCUCAGAUUAUAAGACGACUCAUUCUCUGCGGCGCAGAUCCUUCGUGGAGGACUCUCCAGGGUUAUACAGCCUCCGACUUAUGCACAUCCGAAGAAACUCUUCAAUCCACUCGUCGUGUAGAGCGUCAUAGCCGCAGGCGUAGUGGCGGCUCUAUUCGUAGCAGGACAAGCAGCGCCACGUCCCUGCAGUCACUAUGGGAACCGCGUCCAAAUGGAGCUGAAGUUACGACAUCGCCAGGUGUUAGUGACGACGCAGAUGAUACAUCUGAGACCGAGGAGCCCGAAUACAGCGAUGAAGGAAGCGAUGAUGCUACACCCGAUGAAGUAUUUUGGAUGCGCCCAAGACGCAGGAGCGCAGCUCCCCCAGACCUUGACACUUCGCUUUCAAAUGAAGUCAAUGGUCUCCCCGUCCCCACAACGGACGCCGUGGGAGCUGGGUUCGUAUCACCGGCAGCAGCCAUGACAGCGUUCCGCGAUCAUUUAACUGCACAGAUUCAGCAUAUUCAACAGUCUAUGCAACACCUUAACUUACCGCAAAUCCCAAACCUACCAGACUACCAAGCAUAUUUGCCAACGGCACCUAUGGUUCGCAGAAUCAGCUCACUAGUACCACACAUGGGCGCAUCCAGAAAUGCCGAGAUUGGUCCAGCGAAUAAAGAGGCAGAUUCAAAAUGGUGGGACCUUUUCUCCGGAACUGUAUCGAAUGCCCCUCCCGCAUAUGAGGAUAUCUUCCCCCAUGAGGACGUCGACACCAAAAGAGCGUCGGCUACUCAGGCUGCAGCAGAUGCGAUCGCUGAUGACAAAUGCUCUACACUAUACGACCAGGCACAGUCGUCUGGCUCGAGCGUGGCCUCGAGUUCCAAAACUUCAUCGCAGGCAUUAGAGAACCUGGAUUCCAGUUCCAAGCACUCCAUAUCCGAAGAAGGACGUGCUCAAAUCCGGCUGGCACAUGGCAAAAAGAUCCGAUUCCGGAGUGAUAGGAAGCUAUUUUUCAUUUGGAUUCCUAUUCUAGUAAUUAUUGUGGCUACCAUGCUCUACAACCGCGUACCCAAAGUAUGGGCAGAGGGGACUCGACUUGUCAAGUCGUAUGCUCGGUCGAGAGCUGAGCAGGCAGUGGAGACUUUGUAAUUUACCAACCGUUUUUAAGGUUGUUCCCAAUUUGGGAUUAUGACAUUCAAGGACGCUUCUUGGGAUGAGGGCUUGUUCAGUAUUGGUGGGAUUGAGAUGAUGGUUCUUUUAUAGGGUGUUUACGAGGAGUGCGGUUGGGUACAGCGUGUUUCCCAGUUUGAUAUAAUUGUUUACAUUUUGUGGUUGUUAAAUUCAGCCAUGCCCCAC